GGUGUUGUAAUGCUUCAGUUAUAGUAUGAAGGCUGUGCACGGGGAUUUCCUCGCUUGCUUGUUUUGUAGGCGGGGAGUUGUUUGCGACUUUCACGAGCAGUGCGUGGAGAGACAGGAGACCCGGAGAGUCUCGGAAUGUCAAACACUGUGUAACUAAGGUUGUCUUUAUGAUCGUCACUUUGCAAAGACAUCGCCUGUCCUCUGUAACACAGCGCUUCUUCUCGCUGCUUUGUCAACUCAUGAGCUUUUUGCUGUUCAAACCUGCUGCUUCAUCACCCCGUUGUGAAGAGGAGCGAGCCGAGACAGCGGUUUAGCGAGAUCAGAACAAGCAGCAGUACAGGUGGACGCGGCUCUUGUGGCAUGACUACCACAAACAAGGGAAACAAGGCCUUGAAGGUGAAGCGGGAGCCAGGAGAAAAUGGCACCAGCUUGACCGAUGACGAGCUGGUGACCAUGUCAGUGAGGGAGCUGAACCAGCAUCUACGAGGCCUGACCAAGGAUGAGAUCCUCCAGCUGAAGCAGCGGCGGCGCACCCUCAAGAACCGGGGCUACGCUGCCAGCUGCCGAGUGAAGCGCGUCACCCAGAAAGAGGAGCUCGAGAAGCAGAAGGCUCAGCUGCAGCAGGAGGUGGACAAGCUGGCCACAGAGAACGCCAGCAUGAAGGUGGAGCUGGACGCUCUGCGUUCAAAGUACGAGGCCCUUCAGAGCUUCGCCAGGACUGUGACCCGUAAUCCCGUCACCUCAGCCAGGGGACCUAUGGCCUCUGUCAUAGGGCCCCUCAUCCCUGGUAAAGUAGCCGCCACCAGCGUCAUCACCAUCGUCAAAUCUAAAACGGAGGCUAGGUCGUAGUAGGAGAAAGGAGGAAGGGGAAGAUGUUCAAGACUUAACUGGUCAGUGCAUUGUAACAUGGAAACGGUUUACCCUUUGAAGUUCUCAGUUUUAACCCUUGUUACUAACACUAACAGUAUUCUUCUCAAAUUCACCUCGAAAGGAUGAUUCUGCAGUCUGUACCUGUCAACAGACACAUCGUGCUUAUGGGUGACACAAUCACACAAAAACAUUCAGAAGUUGGUCAUUUCAAGAACAGCAACAUUUUGGCAAUACUGAUACAUUUCAUUUAAAAAUCAGAUUGUGGUUACACAAUAAUUAAGAAGGCAAUAUCUGUGGGUAAGGUACAGUAUGUCAUGUAUCUGUUUCUUUAAGACUGAGCUCUUAAGUUUUUUCCGUCCUAAGAAUGGGCAUUCUUGAAGUCGUAGAGCUUAUCACAACUGGAAAGAUUACAAAUCUUAAAAUCGUGGAUGUCAUUCCUCUCCAGUUUGCCAUCUGAAACUGGAGAAAGAGCCAUCACAGACAGUACAUCACUAUAAACCCUUCCUUGUUAUCAUGCACUGACUUACAUUGGGAUGCAUAAGAAACUCGGUGUGGAUUCUCCAGAUGUCUUCAAAACAGCCUGACUAACCUAAAACCAGUUAAUCAAGCCCAAUUUGCAAUUUUUUUGUUGGUUGUCUGUCAAGAACAUAAGCUUGAAAUAAUGCUCCUGAAUCUGGCAUUGAUUUCUGUUUAUAAGUUUGUGACAGGCUUUAAUGAACUUGUCAUAAUCAAUAUGACUGGUAGAUGCAAUAAUAUAUGUAUGCACUGAAAAUACAAAGAGGUCUUGCAUAUUUAUGGUAAAGUGGAAAAAAAAAAAAAAAAGGAUCAGCAGUUCUUAAAGAUAUCGUUCCAGAGCUGAGUGCCAUUCCAGUAUGACAAGAUUCUUCUACAAUAUCUGAAAACCUGAAUGUUAUAACAGUAAUAUCCUCGUGUUUUGUGGGGACAGUGAAAUCCACAAACAUUUUGAGACAUAACUUUUGCUCAUAGAGAAAAUAUGUUCAAGUUGUUUUGUUUAAAAGAUAUAUAUUGCAUUUUUUGUAAUUACUUGUUGACAGGGCCGUCAGAUAUUUCCAAAAGAAAAUCUUUACACAAGCUUUACUGUUUGAAUUGUUAAGGUGUAGAAACUUUGUCUAAUGUUGAGUUCUCGGUUUUUAUUACUAGGUAGAAUAACUUCCAUUGUUUAUAUAAAUACAGAAAAGGAAAACUAAAAAAAAAACUAAAAAAACCUGUGACAUCUUUUUUGCAAUUGUACCGACAGUGGCUUACUAUUGAAGUCUGAUAGCUUUUUUCUAGUGACUAGGCGCGUACUGUGGGGUAGCGCGUGCUGUGAUGUGUAAGUGACAAGUUGGCAGUGUCGUUCACUGUAUAGAUGUCAAUGCUGUGCUAUUUAAAACAAAUCUGUAGAGCUAAACUAGGUGGUGUAAACAAGGUCAAUUGUCUUUGUGCGUAUUGGCAUCUGUGAUAUCCUCCGCUUCCUUGGUGUUAGUUACGAAAUCAUACUGUCAUUCAAAGUUGACCACAUUGAGCCAUGUGAGACAGAAUCAGGGGGAAAUGACAUCAAAAAAUCAACUCUGAAGACUUUAAUCUGAAGAUUAAAGCGAUAACUGGCAUUGCAGAAUCUGUGUAACAGAUGCACCAGGUGCUGGAUGCCCUCUAAAUACAGCCUCUGUGACCUGAGAGUAAAUGCCUUCAUACAGAGGUGAGACCCCCCCCUACCCGACCCUCGGGUGUACCAUCAUGAGACCUUUUUUCAGAAGUAAUAUGUAUGGUGAUUAGAUCAACCAUGAUACUACAUUUUUAAACUUUAACUAGAUUCUAGUGAAAAUCAAACACUGUAGAGUCCUGUUUUGAUACCUUGCGAUUAAAAAAAAAAAAAAAAAAACAGGUCUUAAUUUCUAGGUAUUUUUAAUUCACAAAAUGCAGGCGAACUCCCAGACACUGUAGAAAUUACACAAAUACCAAAUCUUUUUUUAAAAAGAACUACAUUUCAGAACUGUAUUUGUGGGAUUUCCACAGUGCUCUCUGUCUCUUUCACUUGCAGAAGCUUUUGGUUAAAACUAUGCCUGAAGGUCUGCAGUUUUUUUUUUAAAUACAGAAUGUUUCUUUUUAAUGACUAUCGAUUAUUAAAAAGUGGAUAUAAUUUUUUAGAGGCGUGUAUCAAUACAUUUUGACAACUUUUGUUAGUCAAUAAUGAAAAGACAAAUACUCGAUUGAAUUGUGCAUUAAAUACACAAAAUGAUGUUUAUCAAUUUAAACAAUAAGCAUGUCAUGAAAUAUGCAGUUUUUCAUUCAAUUGUUGAAGUGUAAGACUUUAAAAAUACAUAACGUAGAAUUCAAACCCAAAGUUGACCGUGUAGAGCCAGCCCUGCAUGCUGCCUCCUAUUGGUUGGAGUUGUGUUUGUUUCAAAGACUUUUAAUAUUUCCACCUCUUUUAAUAGGCGAGGGUGAGGGCCAUAUUGGUGAAGGUGAAGUAACAUAUGCCGGAGGAAGGAUUGUGGGUAGAUGACAAAAAUAAAAGGGACUCGUUUUUGUUUUUUUAAAGGGGAACUUAUUGCAAUGAUAUAAAUUGAAAAACAUCAUGUGUAAUUCAUGGCACAAUUCAAACAAGAUUAAACAAACAAUGUCACAUUGGGUGCAUCUCAAGGGGGAGGACUUUGCCUCUGUUGUUGGAGAGAUCUUAUUCUUCUCAAAGUCUUGGAACAGCUAAAUUAGAUCACAGGGAUAACAAUAAAUAACCUUUAAAUUUCACUGUAGACAUUGAAAUAAUUCUGUGUUAAGACUUCCAAAGUUAAUCUGUGGACUGGUUUUUCCCUCAAAUCUGUGGGGAAACGUCAGACAUUCUCAAGACUAAAAGCUAGCUAUGGAUCAAUGAAGUUAAAAGGGUAAGAGCCACAUGGUGCAGAAUCACUUGUGUGAGUUCACCCACUUCUUUCAGACUUCAGAAAUAGCGGUAGGGAUUGGACGAGGGUUUGUAUGCACUAAACUCCUGUUUGUUUUGCUCAGGACAAACGGGUCACUCUAGAAAAUGAACAAACCUUUCAAUAUGAUAAGAAGGGAGGCAGGGAUGGCAGCUCUGUUCAUUUCCCCCACCCCCUACCCCCCACCUAUUUUUCUUUAAUAUUGAACAUGUCAUAAAGGGCUUCAAUCCACACUCAGAAAGAGACACAGCGUGAGCAUGUAGAAUUACAAUCAACCACAGCUGUCAGCAGCACUUCUUCUGUGCCAAGAGUCGUAUCACUCUUGUGGUCCUCUAAGAAGGCAAUCUAAGAGUUCAACCUCUCAAGGUGGCAGUAGUGUAAAGAUGACAUUAACAGAAAGCACUUCAUCCAGAUCUCACUCUCCUGCUGGUCAGAAUGUCUUACAGUGUCGGCGAGGUGUUAAUCUGCAAAACUUCGCCUCAGCAAAACUCCAUGCCAGAGAUCUGUGUGUGCAAGUAUCUCUACCCUCACUUUGUCAACAUGCUUAGCUAUCUACAAUGACUGGUUAACUGUGGGAAAAAUAUUUAUCCAACUCUUGACAUAGCCCAGUAUUGAUGUUGGCGUCCUUAUUGCUGUGGCAGUCUUGUGGAGUGAAUCUUUGUUGGUGUCAAGUGUCUUUAAGGUGUUUCGAGUGGCACCGACCGUCGACCAAUGUCUCGAUCUCUGCUAGAGAUGACGAGUCUCUCUCUCUCUCUCACACACACACACAUACAGGUGUAUAAUAUGUAGCUACAGUAGGUAUUGAUGACCAUUGUGAAAAAGUGACCCUUAAUAUGCAACUCAGUGGAAAAGGUGUGAAAGAGUAGAUGUACGAGUAAUCAAUAUUGUCAAAGUGACUAUGGUCUGUUAUUUAAAAACUCUUGCUGUUUUGUAGUUCUUUUUUUUGUAAACUGUGUUUUUAUUUCACCCUCACAUGUUGAAUCCCUUCAUGGGAAAAGCAGGCGGCCCUUGUUGUUAUAGUAGCUAACAUGUUAACACUGUUUAAAAAAAAAAAAAAGGAACAUUCGGACAGUUGCACUUAGCCUUACUCACUUGUUACUCUGGUCUUAAAUCGAAUGAAUUACCGGAUCAAGAAAUUGGACAAGGAUAUCAGACUGAAAGAUGUUGCUGACAUGUUAACGUUUGUGCACUGAGUGUAAAGGAUGCUACAUUAGAUUUUAUCACAAGGGCCACUUGCAAUAUAUUUUGUAUUUCUUUGGUAUGCGUGUGUUUGUGCGUGUGUGUGUUUUUUGUACGUUUGAGGUUCCUCUGCUGCUACACCAGUCGUUAAUGCUCGUCGUUUUUUGCUGUAGCAUCAUCCACAGCGUUUGUGUUCUCAUCAUGUGUCAAGUGUGUUGUUUGAAAAUUGAUCUUUACACUGUAAUUUGUUCUGCAGAUUUACUUUUUAAUUAGUUGUCUUUUUUUAAUAUAUUUUUUAUUUUUCUCGUCUGCUUUGUUUUCAAAAGCAUUGCGUAAGAGAGGAUAAUGUAACAGCACUUGUGUGAAUUUCUUAGCUCUCGAGACAUUGGCUUUUUUCCAUGAGAGUAUGCUUUGUAAACAGUCGACUGUGCAGGUUUUUUCCCUCUUUACUUCAUGGAGUGGGUCUGUGUUUAAAAAGGUAUCAAAUCUAAAGCAAGUAAUACAAAAUUAAUAAUCUGUUUUGUUAUUUUUCUGUAUGGGUUGUUAUAAAAAUAUUGCAGUACUUUGUAUGAAAACAGACAAUAGUUAAUUGUAACUAUUUAUAAAUUAAAUUAUUGUACUUUUUGCAAUCUGUAGAUAAGUACUAUGUAUUCAUAUAUACAGUAACAACUGUGGAUUUAAACGUGAUUCUCUGAGGUGUCUAAGUUAUUGAUGUAUAUAUUGUAUGUUUGUUGAUACAGCUUACUUUAUUUUCUAUAAGACCAAUAAAAAUGUUUUGAAAAAGCA